CUUGUUAGAAAAUUGAUUUUUCUAGUGAAUCCAAAAAAUAUCGUUAUUCUCGCACUUGGUUUCUACAACAUCUCUCAUGAUUUUGAUGUAUUUAUUGAAACUUGGAAGUUGAUAAUCAUUUGAGCUCAAGCCAAUUUUUUAUUUAGGGUGACAUUGAGUUUCCAUGACGGAAUAUGAUGGUCUCUCAUUCUUCAACAAAAAUCUUGCUUUUGUUACCUUACCACCUUUCCAUGGCUAAAAUAACAGAAAUUAUGCUUCUAGUCCAAUUCUAUUUUCUUGAGCCCUAACUUUUUUAUCUUAUUGUGUAUAACCUUUAAAUGUUCAUUGUCGUAGGGCAUCAUAGAACAAUAUGAUCUCUUGCUUUAAAUUCUAUUAAUUAACUUAAUUUUGCAUGUAAAUGAUGCUCACCAGGAUUAAGAAUUUUACUUUGCGCUUCAUGUUGGACUGUCCAAAAUCUUAGGAUCAAUUUGUUUGGCAAAGUUUGGACGUCGAAAUUUAUUCACAGUAUUCAUCAUGCCAGGUAUCUGGCCAGCCAAAAGCAAGCUUAUCCAUUGAUUUGAUGUCAUUUGAACACCAGAGCUUUUUUUUGUGCAAUCUAUAUUUUAGAUAUGGGCAUGGCGGUGGUCAAACCCUAUCCAAAACUGAUCCGCUGACUCCGUACAAGUUCCAAUCAUCUCCAAAUCCGCGGCCGCCGUAGUGAAAAGAAGAAACAGGAAUGUUGGAUAUCCCCAGCCGUUGAUUGCAUCAACACCGCUCUCUCUCUCUCUCUCUCUCUCUCUCUCUCUAUUCUCUCUCGUUUGUCGCUCGUCUCUUUAAAAUCUCCUCGUCCCCGUACUCGAACGAAGGCCAAAACAAAAUCCUCGGGCAAUCUCCCUUCUUACCCUCCCCUUGUUUUCUUUUGAUGGAGACGACCGAAGCGCCGCUUCCACUCCUCGACGCGAACCAAAGAAGCAAAAGCGGCGGCGGCGGCGGUGGGGCCACCUCCGCCCAGACCCUCGGCAACAUCGUGGUCUCCCUCCUGGGCACCGGCGCCCUCGGCCUCCCCUACGCCUUCCGCGUCUCCGGCUGGCUCUCCGGUUCCCUCGGCCUCGCCGCCGCUGCUGCUGUCGUUUAUUACUGCAUGCUCCUUCUCAUAAGAUGCAGAAAUAAAUUGGAAGAAGGACGAGAUAAAGAUGGGGCGGCGGUCCAGAUCCAAACCUAUGGAGAUUUGGGCGCGGAGGCAUUCGGAGUCCCCGGCCGCUGCCUGACCGAAGUACUUGUCGUCAUCUCCUAUGCCGGCACCACCGUCUCCUAUCUCUUCUUCAUGGGUGAAAACCUCUCCUCCGUCUUCUCCUCUUACGGCAUCUCGCCCUCAGCAUUCGUCUUUGCGCUCCUCCUCCCCCUCGAGGCUGCUCUUUCCUUCAUCCGCUCCUUCUCCGUGCUCGCCCCCUUCAGCAUCUUGGCCGACGCAUGCAAUGUCCUCGCGAUGGCCAUUGUCCUUGCGGUGGACGUUCAGCAGCUUAGAAAGCCUUCGAGGAAGGCCAAAAGGAGCGCUUUUAAUGGUGCUUGGAGCUUGCCGUUCGCCGGAGGUGUGGCCGUGUUUUGCUUCGAGGCAUUUGGGUUGACGCUGUCGCUGGAGGCAUCGAUGGCGGAGAGGAGAAAGUUCCCUUGGGUGCUGCUUCAGGCGUUUCUUGGGACUGCAGCGGCUUAUAUAUGUUUUGGAGUUUUUGGCUAUCUGGCUUAUGGCGAAGACACAAACGAUAUCAUAACGCUGAAUCUUCCAAGCAACUGGCUUGCUUGCAUUGUUAAGGUUGGACUUUGCAUUGCUUUAGCAUUUACCUUUCCGAUGAUUAUUCAUCCAGUCAAUGAGAUCAUAGAGAACAAGCUGGACUCGAGCGAAUGGUUUCAGAAGCUCUGCCAGAAUUUACCAGGUAGGAAUUGGUUAGGACUGCAAGCUGUCCGCUUGCUGAUUGUGGUGGCUGUGGCCUUUUUAGCUACUUCAGUUCCAGGCUUCGCAAUACUCAUAUCAUUUACAGGGAGCACGGUCUGCGCGCUGCUCGCUUUUGUCUUGCCUGCCACAUUUCACCUCAAGCUCUUGGGGUCUUCCUCGACUCCAUUGCAGAGAGUGUUGGAUUACAGUAUACUUGCCACUGGCCUGGUAUUUGCAGGGUACAGCAUUUACAGUGCCGUGUCAGGUCACUCUAUGGGGUUCAUGACUUGAUUUCGUUUACAGGCCUGUGUAUCUUUUUCCUUUUUCUCUUGAUUCAUUCUUCUGUUUUUGUGACAAGAAUGAGGAAAUUACGUCAACUGGUUUCAAUGAGAACAUCACAUUAUGGGAUUUGGUUUUGCGAAGGGCAAACUGAAGAAAUUUUUUUCCCUUUGCUUGCAGCUCAGCUCGAUGGACAUGUUUGCAUCGCUGUUCGCAUCAUGCUAGUGUAUAACUUCCAUUUCCAGAGCUAUCAAGGUGUGGUAGUAGUUCAUUAUAUGCGAUUGCAUGAAGCACAAGAUUGAAAGGAGAGCAGGAAUACGGGGAGCUCGACCAUUUACAUAAGUUCCUAAGGCCACCAUGUCGCAAAUCUUGCAUAUUAUCAUGCAGUGAUCCCACUGGAGAAAGCAGGAGAUACGACAAGUGGGAGCCUGACACUGUGAUUGGAUGUCGGCAGCAAUUGUUCUUGUUUCACCCAUCGCAAAGGCUUUUGAGGAAAUGAAUUGGGGCUCACAAGUAUCUAUUCACAAAAUAAGCAACAGAGAGCCCAAGCAAACCAUCCCAAGCCCCUUAACAUUCAGAACUCCUAGAACUGGCCCAAAGGGGGAUGACGUCUCAUACUUGGAGGCUGAACGAAUUUAUAUGGCCCAA